AUGUCGGCUACCUUUACAGAAAGAGGCCAAGGGAGCCAGAUUCCUCCAUGUGACAGAGGAGGCCAUGCAUGGACAUUUUUAGUUGGAGCCGCAAUGAUUGAGGGUCUAAUGUGGGGCAAAGAUCGUUCUAACUUUAAUUCAGGAUUUCCAUUGACAUUUGGAAUCUUUCAAACCUUUUAUUUCACUCAUCCACCUUUUGAAAGCAACAAGUACCUGCCAGUGGUCGGAACGCUGGCUACAGGUAUCUCAUAUCUUGCGACGCCACUCAUCACACCUUUUACGAUCAGAUAUCCCAUGUAUCGAAAGUACAUGAUUUGGUUCGGAUGGCUCACCUGUAUCAUAGCGCUCAUUGGAAGUAGCUUUGCUACCAAGUUAUCCCAUUUAAUAAUUACACAAGGGCUUCUAUAUGGACUUGGGUUUGUGGUGAUCUACUACCCCCUCUUGAGCAUGCUCAACGAGUGGUUCGUUAAACGCCGGGGCCUUGCUUAUGGGAUUUUGUUCGGAGCAGCAGGGUUAUGUGGCCUUGGUCUUCCCUUUGCUAUCGAUAAAUUGCUUCACACAUAUGGAUAUGUGAUGACUCUCAGGAUAUAUGCGGUCGCUAUUUUUGUCCUCGUCGGUCCAGCUCUCCCUCUUUUACAGAAUCGCCUCUCACCAGAUAUUUCUUGCUUUGAAGAAACGAACCCAGAUACCGCAAUCUUCGCUAAAGUGCCUUUUCUUAGUAUGACGCUAUCCAACGUCUUCCAGGGCCUCGUUUUCUUCUUGCCAGGUAUCUACUUGCCUUCAUACGCGACUUCUUUUGCGUCGCCCCGAACAAAUGCCCCUUUAUUACUCUCCUUUUUAACUCUCUCUCAAACCCUCAGCCAAGUGGUUAUAGGCCAGCUCUCCGAUAAUUACAACCCUUAUCUCUUACUUUUCCUCUCUACCUUUCUUUCAUCUUUGUGUAUCCUUGUCUUGUGGGGUUUUAGCAAUUGCCUUGCACUAUUAUAUGUAUUCGCUGUUCUAUAUGGCAUCUCAGCAGGAGGAUAUAGCGUAUUAUAUAGUAGAUUUGCUACACACUUGACGGAUAAUAGAGCAACAGGAUUGUGGCUUUAUUCUAUUUUCGAGUUUCAAAGGGGCAUCGGAAAUGUGAUUGGUGGUUUGGCGGGCGGAUUCUUAGUCGUGGAUGAAGCAGGUUUAGUUGACGGGAUGUAUGGGCUUGGAAAAUAUAUGGGUGUUAUAGCAUUUGCGGGAAUUGGCAUGCUCACUAGUUCUUUAGGGGCGAUGGGCCACUUUUGGAAAGGGAAACAACAUAAUGUGAUGUAGAAGUCAAUGCUCGCGUGCUGUUGAGCUAGGGUGGCACCGCCAAUCUUUAGUAGACCUGGUGCUGGAAAGCUAAACCACGAAGGAAUGGAACGGGGAAAUGUGUGAAGCUGUUAUGAAAUCACCUUAGCAAAGAUGUACAUACACCCGGCAGACUGAUGCUGAAUUGCUGGUCGAGAACUCGAUCCUCUUCGCCCUUCCUGUCUCGCUGCGCCACCCGUUUCCAUCUAUGGUCCUCCUCAACUCC